AACUGAUAUUCGAUGCAUAAUAUUUACUUACUUUUAAAUGUCGUUGCACCAGUAAUCACUGAAAUUGAAUUCUAAUGUUUGGUACACACUUUGAUUUUGAAUUUAUGAAUGAACUUUCUUUGCUAAGGAACCUGAAUGCCAUAAAUAAGAUUGCAGUGGAAAUGGCUAAUUUUUAAAAGGGUUGGUCAUUCGUGUGACAGCAUCAGUUAUUGAAUGGGCGUGAAACUAAAAUAUUGGAUACAUGUCACCUCGCCAAGAUCAAAGCGUUAAUAUCGAUAAAGUAUUGUCUUUUUCAAAGAGAUAAAGUUCCAAUAUUUGUUGUCUGAACAUGGCCUGCUCACAUAUAAAUCUCCAGAGUCCAAACAUACGAUGACGUCACUAUGUGAUCAUCAGCCACGGUGUGAACUCUUCGACUUCAUGCACAGAAAGAUGCAGCACGUGAAAACACCUGCUUAUUCUAAUGACAUCUUUGUUGUUCUUUGGAAAUCUCGUUUAUGCACAAUUAAAUGAGACGGCCUUUCGAGAACUGGACUUGGAUAACCUGAUCAGUAAACUGGUGCUGCCCAAGGUCAGGAUAAACGACACUGGUUCUCUCAACGCCUCAACAUACAACACAGUGAAUGUUGAAACUACCACUAAGGGAAUACAAGAUUUUGCCCAUCAGCUCGCCUGUUUGAUUCCCCACGUCUUGAACAGUACCAAAACAGACGAGAAUGCAUCAAGCACCGACUUCAAGGAUAAAAUCAGCUGCCUGAACCCUCUCAGUAAUAACAUUGCACCACCAUACCCUACUGUAGCAGACGAUCCACUGACGUCAUAUGGAUGUCUUCAUUUGAAUGACUCCGCCAAGACUGAACUUCAGUGCUUCAUGGACCAUCUUAAACGUAGACAACCUUUAGAGUCAGCCAACUGUACAAGCCCGCAACAACCCAUCAACAAGCAGACCCUGGGUAGCUACAAUUGCUCCAAUAUUUCAGAUGUAAUUCAUGCAGUGAAUUUGUACUAUGAAUUAAAAGACGUGUUUGGGGGGAUCAACAUCUCUGCUAUCCCCUCCCUAACGACCCCGGGAGUUACCACUACCCCCAUGGCGACCAGUGUGUCCCCACAAUCGUCGCUUAUCGAUAUUGAAACGAUAAAAGAACAAUCUAAUAGAACACUGAAUCCAAACAUGACCUUGGAAAAGGUCAACGAAUUGGCGACCCAGCUGGAGGUCGUUGUCAAUGGUAGCGAAACAGACACUAAGACCGUGACCCAGAUUUUAUCUCACAUGUCUGAAAUCGAGAUCACCAACUCCCAGACUGUGGAGACAUUUUCAAGAAUUUCGACAACAGUGAUUCAUACAUAUAACGAGACCUCCACUGAUACAGAGAGUUCUGAGAUUGUUAUGCCAGAUUUACUUUACUCCAUGGAAAACGUUUUGUCAUCGGCGUCUCCCAAUGAAAACAUUACCAUAGAAACGUCAGAAAUGGAUAUUUCGGUUUCUUACGUGGAACGUAAUUUGAGUAACGGUGACGUCAUCACGAUAAGCUCUUUCAUUGGAACUAUUGUCAUGCCAGUAAAAGUGUUCGAUGGGAAAACUUCCCGCGUCUCUACCAUCAUCUAUAAGACGAUCAACCAGAAGUGGAGCGUAAGGAAGGGCUACCACAACGCCCAGAUAGGCAGCAACGUCAUGUCCGUGUCCGUCCAAAACCUGGACCAAAACAAGACCCACAAAGCGGAAGUCAACGUCACUGGCGCCAUCACUGUGGUCCUACCUACAAAUGUGACAGGAAUAGAAAAAGAGCGAUAUUGCACAUUUUGGAAUUUCGAUGAGAGGUUCUGGGACACGUAUGGGGGGACGGUGGUGGACAAGAAUGACACCCACACCAAGUGUACCUACGACCACCUGACUAACCUGGCGGUGCUGGUCAUCUACUAUAGGACGGAGGAUCCGAUGACAAAGAAGCACGAGAGAGUGUUGUACAUUAUGACAACUCUGGGUUGCAGUAUAUCCAUUGCCUGCCUCGCUCUUACCUUGAUAAUAUAUGUGUAUUUGAGGGUGCUGAACAAUGACACGGUGAUGAUCCACGCCAACCUGUCGGUGGCUCUACUGUUAGGACAGCUCGUCCUGGUCACCUCUGACGGGGCCGCCAAGUACAUGGCUGCUUGUAAAAUAGUGACAGCUCUCAUCCACUUUCUGUUCAUGUCCGCCUUUGCCUGGAUGAUGGUGGAAGGACUGGCGCUUUAUCUCUCCUGUACUCGACCAAUCAGCGCCUACGGCGACAUGCGCAUGAUCUAUGUGCUGAUUGGCUGGGGACUUCCCGCCAUUAUCGUUUUGAUAACACUCGGUAGUAACUUUCAGGACUACGGCGAGGGUGAAUACAGCAGUUGUUGGUUGUCAAUAGAUGAUGGACUGAUUUGGUCGUUCAUGGCGCCUAUGAUAAUUAUUGUUGUGAUGAACAUUCUCGUCCUUGGUUUGGUUUUGAAGGCUUUUUUGACAUUGCGAACAAAUUCCAAGAAAACAGAGGCAGCUAGAUUAUUCGCCAGCUUUAAGGUGAUGGUGACCCUCCUACCGAUCCUGGGGAUUACCUGGCUGCUGGGAAUCCUCGUCCCUGUCAGUGACGUAUUCCACUACCUCUUUAUCAUCGGCACCUCCAUGCAGGGCACCAUGAUUUUUAUACUGCACUGCUUGUGCAACAACGCUGUGCGGAAGAAGUACAAUGAAAGACGACGUCGUAACACGUGCUCGACCAGUGACUUUUGGCCCGGAUCCACUUCAGAAUGGACGGAUCGCAGACAACAAAGACUGGAAGAACUGAAAGUAGUUCCUAAACGAUACAGGAGAGAAGAGAGAUACGCCUGGAUGUGAGACAGUUCUACCUUAAUGUCACGUGACAUGAAUCUAGUACUUGAAAAAAAAAAUCCAACUUUGUACGAUAGAUAGUAUUGUCAUAUUGUAUAUUAAAAUUAAGUGAUGCUAAACAAACCUCAAUCAAUUAAUUGUAAAUAUAUAAUGUCUACUAUAUACAUGUAUAUGCUGUAUCUUUGCAUAAAAUAUUCAAUACAUGUGAUUUCUAAAUGAGUUCAUGCAAUCACAAAGGUCAUUGUAACCAUUUUAUUGAAAAAGAGUAGAAAAAUAUACAAUUUAUUAUGCAAUAAAAAAGAUCAGAAACCUUUGGUUCUACAAAAAUACAUACAAACAUGUAUGGACAUUUUGAGGUAAAAACUACUAUGAAGAGAACAUGAAAAUGAGCAU